UGGCAGGCAGGCUUGGGGACAGACCCCGGAGGGCAGGAGCCGGGUCCGCCGCCCCUCCGCCGGCGCCUGCGCAUUGAGGCCCAGCUCCCCUUUCAACCCCGCCCCAUCGCUUGGGUUUUCAAAUUUGAAACCUGCUUCUUUUCCCGCCCGAACGUGUGGAUCAGCGGCGGGAGAGGGCGGGGCAGAGCGCCAGCCAAUAGGGCAUCAGAGGCUCCCCGACCCCGCCCCGAGGAUGACAACAGCGAUCCUUGAGAAGCCAUGUGCGAAUGGGCAAGCGGCGGCCGGAGGCCCCGCCCCCGCGGCACCCACGUGCAGCGGCUGGGCCCGGGGCUUUCAGGGGACCACCAGGCCCCCAGAGCGCCGUGCUAUGUUGGGGGCUAGUCACUAGCACGGGGCUGGAAGCUGAGAUCAAAGACGCCAAUGAGCCGGCGUGGGUGGAUGAGUGAGGCGGGCAAGAAGCAGCACCGGUUAGCCUGAGGGUUCGCUCCAGGGCCAGGCCUGGAGCCAGCGCCCUUACCUGCCCCUGGAAAGUCUGAGACCACUCGGGGCGGGGCGGCUGCCGGAGCGUGGGCUGCGGCUCCGUGGCGGGUUCCAGAGGGGCGGAGCCAAGGGCUGGGCGUUCCCGCGGGCGGGGCGUCCCGGGGGCGGGGCGGGCCCUUGUGUUUGUUGCACCGUGUCAGUUACUUUGUAACAAAAGUGCUGCAGCCGCUUGCUCCGGCCGGCACCCUAGGCCGGCCCGCCGCCAGCUGUCGCCGACAUGGAACCCGUGGCCAGCAACAUCCAGGUCCUGCUGCAGGCGGCCGAGUUCCUGGAGCGCCGUGAGAGAGAGGCCGAGCAUGGUUAUGCGUCCCUGUGCCCGCAUCGCAGUCCAGGCCCCAUCCACAGGAGGAAGAAGCGACCCCCGCAGGCUCCUGGAGCGCAGGACAGCGGGCGGUCAGUGCACAAUGAACUGGAGAAGCGCAGGUGAGUCCCAGUCCUGCCCUGACAGCGCCAGCCCCCAGGGGCCACUGCCCUCUGGCCUUCCCUCCCCUGCCAUUCCUGUGGCCAGCAAGGUGGGGCUGGCACUGCCCUCCAGACCUCUUCCCCACAGGAGGGCCCAGUUGAAGCGGUGCCUGGAGCGGCUGAAGCAGCAGAUGCCCCUGGGGGCCGACUGUGCCCGAUACACCACGCUGAGCCUGCUGCGCCGUGCCAGGAUGCACAUCCAGAAGCUGGAGGAUCAGGAGCAGCGGGCCCGACAGCUCAAGGAGAGGCUGCGCAGCAAGCAGCAGAGCCUGCAGCGGCAGCUGGAGCAGCUCCGGGGGCUGGCAGGGGCGGCCGAGCGGGAGCGGCUGCGGGCAGACAGUCUGGACUCCUCAGGCCUCUCCUCUGAGCGCUCAGACUCAGACCAAGAGGAGCUGGAGGUGGAUGUGGAGAGCCUGGUGUUUGGGGGUGAGGCCGAGCUGCUGCGGGGCUUCGUCACCGGCCAGGAGCACAGCUACUCGCACGGCGGCGGCGCCUGGCUAUGAUGUUCCUCACCCAGGGCGGGCCUCUGCCCUCUACUCGUGCCAGGCCCACUUGCCAGGCAGGAGCCCUCCCCAAGCCUUCAGGGCUGCUCAGAGUCACCUGUUGGAAUGGACUAAAAGGACCCUUGUGUGGGAACAGGUGCUCCCCAAACACCCUGCUGCUGGCUGCCAGGCAGGCCCUCUGGAAGGGAAGGGGCAGGACUCAUCAGGACCUCCCUGGACCCCUGCAGGGCAGGCAGCUUGGGCCUGAGCCCAAGCAUUUGGCUCUGCUGCCCCCAAGGGGACAGGAAGCCUCUUGGGCCUCUUCCCCUCCUGGACAAGGCCCCCUGCCUUUGCCUCCCGUAAACUGUACAGUAUUUUCAUUAAAAGCCUCUUUCAUAA